AUGUCAUCAAGCCAAGAAUUAAGGCAUAAGGCCGGAGAAGCCACCGGUCAAGUUCAGCUGAAGAAGGAAGAAUACUUGAACAAAGUAUCACACGCAAUGAACCAGAAUGCUGAUCAUCAUACUCACUCACAGUCCCACUCAGAGAGCGAUCAGAACAAUCCUUCCCUGAUUUCCCAGGCCUCUAAUGUCAUCCAACAGACAGGUGGACAGGUGAAAAAUAUGGCACAAGGAGCAGCCGACGCGGUGAAGAACACUCUGGGAAUGAGUCCAACCGCCAACAACCCUAGCAGCCCGGCCGGCACGACCCGCCCGAGCAACCCUAGCUCCAGAAAUAUUUGA